UUUGCAGUUUUAGCAACUUCAGCAUGAAUAGUGUAUUAUUUUGGGACUAAUUUUAAGAUGCAUUUGUUCUUUUUUAUUUUGAUUCCCUUUACUAGCGCUGGAGCUGAUGGUACUCAGCAUUCAGAAGAUUCAACCCUUAUUGUGGGAAACUGAAUUGGAAAAUUGAAUUUCUCAAUUAAAAAUUGCAUGGAAUCUGCUGUCCUUGUUACAAAGCCCAUAAGUGAUCAUUGGAAGCACAGGAUAAAUGUCACCAGUUAGGAAAACACAUUAAAACUUGGAUUGUCUGGCUAAUAAACAAACAUGAGUCAUCUGAAGUUGUUUGCAGCUACGCUGAAGAGGCAUGGCUUUAAACUUCUGGAAAAUCAGGAUAUAGCCAGAAGGGCAUUUUUACAUGGCCAACGGUAUGUUUCAUCUGGAACCUCAGAGCCAUCCCUGAGUGGGAGUAAUUCCAAUUAUGUGGAGGAAAUGUACUAUGCAUGGCUUGAAAACCCUAAAAGUGUACAUAAGUCCUGGGAUGUGUUUUUCCGAAGUGCUAAUGCUGGCCAAGCAGCCCAUCUGCCAGCUCAGCAGGAGGGAAAGGGAUCAUUUCUGCAGAGCCACGGCCUGGCCCCGAGACCAGGGACGGCUGAAAAGGCUGUUGAAGACCACCUUGCUGUGCAGUCCUUGAUAAGGGCAUACCAAAUCCGUGGCCAUCAUGUGGCUCAGCUGGAUCCCCUUGGAAUUCUGGAUGCAGAUUUGGAUUCAUUUAUUCCAUCUGACCUCAUUACCACAAUUGAUAAACUUGGGUUUUAUGGUUUGCAUGAGUCAGAUUUGGACAAAGUCUUUCAGCUGCCAACAACCACCUUCAUAGGAGGAAACGAGAACAGUCUGUCUUUGCGAGAGAUCAUCAAACGCCUGGAGCAUACCUACUGCCAACACAUUGGCCUGGAGUUCAUGUUCAUCAACGACGUGGAGCAGUGCCAGUGGAUCCGUCAGAAGUUUGAGACGCCGGGUGUGAUGAAGUUCACGAACGAGGAUAAAAGGACUUUGCUGGCAAGGCUGGUGCGCUCCAUGAGAUUUGAAGAUUUCCUUGCUCGCAAGUGGUCUUCCGAAAAGAGAUUUGGUUUGGAAGGAUGUGAAGUAAUGAUUCCUGCACUUAAGACCAUCAUUGAUAAAUCCAGUGAAAUGGGAAUUGAAUAUGUUAUAAUGGGAAUGCCUCAUAGAGGUCGGCUGAAUGUAUUGGCUAAUGUAAUCCGAAAAGAGCUGGAGCAGAUCUUCUGUCAGUUUGAUCCCAAACUUGAAGCAGCUGAUGAGGGAUCUGGGGAUGUAAAAUACCACUUGGGAAUGUACCAUGAGAGGAUCAACCGAAAAACAAACAAGAAAAUCACUCUGUCCCUGAUGGCUAACCCUUCUCACUUGGAAGCAGUUGAUCCUGUUGUGCAAGGCAAAACAAAAGCUGAACAGUUUUAUCGAGGGGAUACAGCGGGGAAAAAGGUUAUGUCCAUAUUAUUACAUGGGGAUGCUGCCUUUGCAGGACAAGGAGUGGUUUAUGAAACUUUUCAUCUUAGUGACCUCCCAUCCUACACCACAAAUGGCACUAUUCAUGUUGUGGUCAACAACCAGAUUGGCUUCACCACAGACCCCCGUAUGGCCCGUUCAUCCCCGUAUCCCACUGAUGUUGCUCGUGUGGUCAAUGCUCCCAUUUUCCAUGUGAAUGCUGAUGACCCUGAAGCAGUGAUGUACGUGUGCAGCGUAGCUGCAGAGUGGCGAAACACUUUCAAUAAGGAUGUGGUGGUUGACUUGGUUUGUUAUCGUAGGCGAGGUCACAAUGAAAUGGAUGAGCCCAUGUUCACCCAGCCUCUGAUGUACAAGCAGAUCCAUAAGCAGGUGCCAGUGCUGAAGAAGUAUGCUGACAAACUGAUUGCAGAUGGGACUGUGACACUGCAGGAAUUUGAGGAAGAAAUUGCAAAAUAUGACAGAAUAUGUGAAGAAGCAUAUACUAGAUCUAAGGAUAAUAAGAUCCUUCAUAUCAAGCACUGGCUGGAUUCACCUUGGCCUGGCUUCUUUACUGCGGAUGGAGAGCCCAAGAGCAUGUCGUGUCCCCCGACGGGCAUUUCGGAGGAGCUGCUCACUCACAUUGGCAACGUCGCUAGUUCAGUGCCAGUCAAAGACUUCAAAAUACACUCAGGACUCUCUCGGAUUUUGAAAGCCCGCUCGGAAAUGACCAAGAACAGGCUUGUUGACUGGGCCUUAGCAGAGUACAUGGCUUUUGGCUCUGUGCUCAAAGAAGGGAUCCAUGUCCGACUGAGUGGGCAGGAUGUGGAGAGAGGUACUUUCAGCCAUCGUCACCAUGUACUUCAUGAUCAAGAAGUUGACAAGAGAAUUUGUGUUCCCAUGAAUCACCUGUGGGAGCAGCAGGCCCCCUACACCGUGUGCAACAGCUCCCUCUCCGAGUACGGGGUCUUAGGUUUUGAGCUUGGCUUUGCUAUGGCGAGUCCCAAUGCCCUGGUGUGCUGGGAGGCCCAGUUUGGGGACUUUCACAACACGGCUCAGUGUAUAAUAGACCAGUUCAUCAGCUCCGGCCAGGCCAAGUGGGUUCGGCACAACGGGAUCGUCCUGCUCCUGCCACACGGGAUGGAAGGAAUGGGUCCAGAGCAUUCAUCAGCCAGACCUGAGAGGUUUCUGCAGAUGAGUAAUGAUGAUUCUGAUGCCUAUCCAGAGUUCACGGAGCAGUUUGAAGUUUCCCAGCUGUAUGAAUGCAACUGGAUUGUGGUGAAUUGUUCAACUCCAGCCAAUUACUUUCAUGUCCUCCGGAGGCAGAUCUUGCUGCCAUUCAGAAAGCCGCUGAUUGUUUUGACACCCAAGUCACUGCUGAGGCAUCCAGAAGCUAAAUCCAGUUUUGAUGAAAUGGUGUCUGGUACCACUUUCCAACGUGUGAUUCCUGAGAAUGGGCCAGCAGCUCAGGCACCACAUGAGGUCAAGCGAGUGAUUUUGUGCACAGGAAAAGUCUACUAUGACCUUGUAAAAGAGAGAAAGAACCAAGACCUGGAGAAACAAGUAGCUAUAACCAGACUUGAACAGAUCUCACCAUUCCCCUUUGACUUGCUGAAAGAAGAGCUUGAUAAGUAUCCAACUGCUGAUCUAGUCUGGUGUCAGGAGGAGCACAAAAACAGUGGAUAUUAUGAUUAUGUCAGACCUCGUUUCCGCACUAUUGUGAACCGCACUCGACCCAUCUGGUAUGUUGGCCGAGAGCCUGCUGCUGCACCUGCCACAGGCAACAAGAACAUGCAUCUGGUGUCACUCAGAAGGUUCCUGGAUACAGCUUUCAACCUGGAGGCCUUUGAGGGAAAGACAUUCUAACUGCAGGGCCUCGACCUGUCUCUGACUAGUAGUCUCUCAAAACACUGCAUUUAAAAGGAAAGUGGGGAAAAUACUGGAAAAUAUGUAUUUUUGCUUUACCAAAUAAAAGGAUCCAGCAGCUGACUUCAUUACUCUGUACCUUGCUUCCCAGUUUAUAAGGAAAAAAUUCCAGCUUAUCUUCCACCAUUUUUUGUCACUUGUCUAUUUAAAUUGGGACCUCUUUGACACAAGAAGCUUCUCUUAUCCCAGGUUGCAAUGUGUGCUUGGGGAGGCUCAUAUCUUAGUCUGUGGGUCUUCUAAUUACUGUAAAUAAGUAUCAAAUGAUUUCAAAAGUAAGAGGUGCUCCCAUUCCCUGGGCUUCUUGUCUCAUCAAAAUAAAAAGCUGUAAUUAAAAACUUUAGCUAUGAUCAGAUACUACAUAUCCAGGCAGGUUUCCAGAAAGGCCUGUGUGCCUUGUAUUGACUUUUUAUUUGGCUUGGAUAACUGUGAUGAUAAACAAACAAUCCUUCUGUCAGAGCAAAGAAGUAAUGUGGUGAGGUACUUACCAUGGAGUCCAGAACUGAACUUAGUCUAAUGUUUGUGAAACUCUGUAGAUUCCUUUUAAAUCAGGCUGGCUGCCCUGGGCUUUUUCUCUCACUGAAGUAUUUCAGCUAAUUCAGUCUUUGAAAACCUAAUAAACUUGGAAAGUACUGCAGUUGACAGCCACAAAUGUUGUUUGCUAUCCCUUUCUAUAGCUCAAAACAUUAAGCUGAUAGACAGUAACCAUCACCCAAAGUAUUUGAAUGUUUUUAUGAAUGCUUGUUUCUGUAGCAAGAAUUGAAUGCAGCUAAAUAUUCCUGGCUCUGUUUAUUGUAUUCUCAGCUUGCAUAAGGGAGUCAGUGCUGCAUGAAAUAUGCUAAAUGCACUUUUGCCACAGUAUAGGCAGAGGUAGAAAACAAAAUUAACAUAGAAAUAUAAACAGUAAAUGACAGAUUUUCACUCUCAUUGUGUAUCAUAGAUUGUGGCAUAAUAGUUUCAUAAAAAUUCCAUCAAAGAUGCAAAAAACCCAAUAAAAUAGAAGUACGUAAGAAGAAAA